AUGUCCACUUCAAAAGCCUUCACUCUUACCUUCACAGGCGACGUAAUGCUCGGGCGCCUGAUCGACCAACUAAUGCCAGAGCACGUCACCAACCAGCACGACGCACGCAUCGCCGCAACCUUCAUAAAAGCCCAUCCAACUCUCCUCUCAAAAGGAAACUACACACCUUCCUCGCCAUGGGGCACAACCCUCCCCAUCCUCCAUUCCUCCACCCUAGCAUGCAUCAACCUCGAAACCGCCGUGACAACAGCCCCAAUCCCGUGGCCCAACAAGGUCUUCAACUACCGGAUGCACCCAGCAAACCUAGGCCCCAUUCUACAUGCCGGCGGUAUCGACUACGCCAGUCUCGCCAACAACCACACCCUGGACUUCGACACCGAGGGUCUCACAGAGACCGUGCAAACACUGCGAGCAGCGAACAUCGCAUACGCAGGCGUAGGUGAAACAUCCAUUGAUGCGCGCAAGCCGGCUGUGCUACAUUUGCCCAGGGCCUCAGAACCCAUAGACGAAGGCCAACACCGCCACACAGUGCAUAUAUACUCGGCCUCUGACCACCCUCGCGCGUGGGUCAAUGUGCCAGGAUUCAAUUUGUUUGAUUACUCGCGUGAAACACGCGAUUGGCUGCGGAAAAUGCUUGUUGAUGUGCAGGAGACCAAGCCUGCGUUGAAGAUCUUUUCGGUUCACUGGGGGCCGAAUUAUGCUUGGGAGGCCGAUGCACGGAUUACGUCUCUUGCGCAUUUCUUGAUCGAUGAGUGUGGAGUCGAUAUUGUCCAUGGGCAUUCGUCGCAUCAUGUUCAGGGUGUGGAGGUUUAUCAUGGGAAGCUUAUUAUCUAUGGCUGCGGGGACUUUGUGGAUGAUUAUGCCCUGAAUGAAGAGUAUAGGAAUGAUCUUGGGGCUUUGUGGAGGGUUGUUGUUCGGGAGAAGAGUGGUGGUGGGCUUGGGUUGGAGAGAUUGGAGAUUUUCCCUACGCGGGUUGAGCGGUUUAGGGCUGUUUUGUUGGAUUCUGGAGAUGCGGAUCAUGCGUGGGCGAGUCAAAAGAUUCGUGAGCUCAGUGGGGAGUUGGGAACAACUGUGAAGGAGGGGCUUGGGCAGGAAGGGGAGGUUAUUAUUGAGUUGUCUGGAGAGUAG